UUUUUUUUUUGAGAGCAAUUAUUUGUUUAUUAAUUUUUUCUUCGAAAUACAGAAUUGGACUGCAUUUUAAUAUUGGUAAAGUCUUUGACGGCCUCAAUGCAUUCCUUUAAUGUCGAAAAUGACUCUAAAAAUCAACUUUCAAGUGUCUCACUAAGUCUCAACGACCGGACAUUUUUUAUAGAUCCAUUACAUGAUAACAAACUCCAGCAUAAUAACAGUUCGACACGCUCAUUUGACGAAAAAGACAACCAGGUGUUGCAAAAAGAAGAGGAUUGUUCAAACGAAAAUGUAUCAAAGUCAACACUGCCGAACUAUGAAAGUUUAAUCGAAAAGUUUAUUCUUGAUGAACCACCGAAAUUUGAAGUAGUUACCGGUGAAAAGUUACACUUAGAACUCGAAAAUUUAAACAAUGUUAGUUUAUCAAGCAACAACAUGUACUCUCGACAAUCUACAAGAUGCGAAAAAUGUAUACCUGCGUUAAUUUUUGGGUUUGCACUAUCCACUAUAUUCGCUUUGAUUGGUUACGGUUUUAUAAACCAUUCGUUAUCGUAGACAAUGAAUAGCUUUGUAUUGUAAGCUUUUAUUUAUUUUAUAGAUUGUUAAAACUUUAAACUAUAAUGCCAAAUUCUUCAAUUUUUUUUCCAACGGAAAUUAAAAGUAAAAACCUGAAUAAAAAAAUAAAAAAUAGAACAUAACUAAUAAAGUUACGAAAAAAGGUUUUCAUAAAAGGCAUUAUCUUCUUCGAUUCAUCUCUGUGAUCAAAUGCUGGUUUGCGUUUCAGUCAUUUUUUGUUUUUGUACCUUCUUGGAUUUUGGGAGUCGGCCCUUCAGGAAACAAAUGAUUCAAAGAUCUAUCUACAAAAAAAAGGAUCAACAAUGAUUUAUUAAAUUAGAAUCUUUAAAAUUGUU